AUGGAGGAUUUAGGCCGUCGGAAGCAUGGAGAAAUGACCACAGGAAAGGGUAGACUUAAAAUUUCCUGGCGAGAUGAGAAAGUCGAAAAGAUAGGUGAGGGCGUUUCCGGAUAUAUCGAUCUUUACCAAUCAAGACUGACGCUGGAUAGAUAUGUAGUGAAAACGUACCAUUGUCGAGAGAAAUACGAGACUAAGGUCGAAUACCAGAAACGAGUACUACAUGAGUACAAUAUUCUUCGAGGGUUGCAAAAUGGGCACGUUAUUGAGGUGUAUAAGGAAGAGGUGUCGUGGUUUGGGGCCACCGUGAGAAUAUACAUGGAAGCAGGUACCGCUGACUUGUAUAAAAUUCUCAAAGACAAGAAGUCGGAGGCGAGAAAUACGAAGGAAAUGUUAUGUUUGUGGAAACAAUUAUGCUACGGAAUCGAUUAUUUGCACAAUACUGCUAAGAUAUGUCAUCGUGACUUGAAGCUCAAUAACUUGGUGCUUGAUUCGCACACAGGUAUGUUGAAGAUGAUCGAUCUAGCUACUGCGUUCGAGUUUUCUAGGGAUCCGGACACAGGCGCGUACGGCGACCGGGAAUAUGAAGCCAUCGGUCUUGUGGGGUCUAAUAGCUACAUGGCACCCGAGACCGUGCAGCAGUUUCACUAUGACGGAAAGAAGGCCGAUAUAUGGUCGGUGGGGAUCAUCUUAUUUUACAUGCUCAACGCAAAAUUCCCGUGGAAGUCUGCAAGGUUAACUGAUCGCAAAUAUGUGGCCUAUUGUAAUCACGAUGGCACCAAGAAUGCUACCGAACUGGGGUUUGCAACUAUUUCUCAAUACUUACCGCCAGAGUCUCACGAUUUGGUGGGCAGAAUUCUUGAGGCUAAACCACAGGAGCGGGCAAGUAUUAGUGAUUGUUUAAAAGAUGAAUGGUUCAAUAAACUAGGUGUUUGUGAUGAUUCAACCUGUGGCCUCGAUCAUACUAUACUAGCUCAGGGUGUUUAG